AUGGCCCACGGUUCCCUUUCGGUGGGUAUGAUCGCGAAAGGUGGCGAAUCCGCGGCGUCUGCUCCUGCCGGUGCCAGCAACCGGUCAGCCCUUAGCUCACCCCCAUCGGCGACCACCACAGCGCACAGUUCCGCGAAAAUGGGCUCGCGGCGAAUCUUCACGCCCCAGUUCAAGCUGCAGGUGCUCGAUUCGUAUCGCAACGAUGGCGACUGCAAGGGCAACCAGCGUGCGACGGCCCGCAAGUACGGCAUCCACCGGCGGCAGAUUCAAAAGUGGCUGCAAGUCGAGUCCAACCUGCGAUCGGUGGUCGCAAACGGGCCCGGUGGUGGUAGCGGUGGUAGGACGACCGGAAGUGCGCCAGGAUCGGCCGGUCCGUCGGUGUCGUCCCAUCAUCACGCGAGCAGUAACGGUGGCGGUGGUGGCAGUUCGGCGAUGAAAAUAAAUCUCCUCAUGCCGCAUCACCCGCAUCAUCCGCAUCUGCACCCUCCGGUGCAUCUAGUGCAUCCGGCGCAUCAGCACCUGCACUACCACCAGCCGUUGCACCAUCAUCAUCAUCCUCAUCACCAGGGUUUGACGAGUUUGAUGCAGGCGCCAUCGGUUGCAGCAGCAGCAGCGGCGGCCGCGGCCGCGGCAGCAGCAGCAGCAGCCGGAUUGCCAGCACACUAUCACCAUCAUCACCUGCAGCAACAACAGCAGCAGCAACAGCAACAGCAGCAUGUCGGUGGACUGCCUUCUCAUCAUCCUUUGGCCUUCCACCCGUUGGUCUCACCACCAGCAGCAGCAGCAGCAACAGCAGCAGGGCUGGACUCUGCCAGACAACGUGUCGCUCGAAGUGGCGCAAGCGCCUGUCUCCUAUCGCCCGUCGUAACCCACCAUUCGGACGUCGGAACAUCCACCAGCGGACCGUCGGCGGUACCUGUUUCAUCGUGUUCCCCACUCUCCAUCGCGUCAUCAUCAUCCGGUGCGCUGUCAUCAUCGUCAUCAUCCUCCCUGUCUCUGGCUGGUUCACCAAACCCACUCACACGCCGAUCCCCAUCGCACCAGCAGCUGCUCCAAUUGAGCGAUUCGGUGACACCAGCGCCAUCUGGUGGUGAUACGACGCACUACCGACAGCGUGCUGGCAUCUUCUCGCCCGUACCGCUGCUACCGUCGACGAUGGUGUCCGGUUCGAACGAGGAACGGCCAACAUCGUACUACGGACAUAUACGUGCGGUAGCUGCAGCGGCCGCUGUUGCUGCAUCCGCCGUUCACCGGUACGAACACCCGAUCGAUCUGUCCCGGCCGGGUCAUGGGUUGCCGGUGUCGAUUGCUGGCGAGGAUGUGCCCUUCCGUAGCGCACGUUCUAUCAACUCCGAUCACGAAGCGACCACCGGUGAGCUGGAUGAGGACGAUGACGGUGAUGAUGAAGAGGAAGAAAUCAGCGUGGAAGAUGACGUGGAAGACGAACACACGGUGCGUGUGACGGAACAGGCGUGGGACUUAUCCUGCCGCCGGCCAUCGACGGUGUGUGACCGGAAACGAUCCGCUUCGGCCAUUUCCGGUCCGGUGGUGACACCCGCAACCAGCCGGCCACCAAAAUCGGUGAAGCUGUUCAAACCGUACCUGCUGGAUGAUGACGAGAAGCAGCAGCAGCAUCCCGAUGAGGAGGACACCUUCAAGCAGCGACCCGAUUCAGCGCUUGCGGAUGAUGAUAAGGACUCCACACGGGAGUCACCCGCCAUUAGCGAUCUCUUGGCGUCACCCAAACAGCAGCAGCAGCAACAACACGCCUCACUAUACCCGAUCAUCUGGAGCAGCAGUUCACCCGCGUAUGGUGACCGGCAGGUGUACCGGGAGUUUGGUCCUCCCCCGCCAGCACCAUCGCAGGAUGCAUCGCCGGAAAACGUCGCCAUCCCAGCGACUAUUCCCACUGCUGGGCGAGGCUGGAGCUCCCCACAAGCAUCACCGGUGUCCGGGUACGACAGCUCCACCUCAAUGUCGUCCGUAUGCAGCGGUCCGGAGGAGGACAACACCAGCAACAGCAGCAGCACGACCUGCACGAGCCGUGGCAAUGGUGGGCGGUGUGAAAAACUCCGCCAGCUAGCGAUCGACAGCUUCUAUCACGAUGUGGCGUGCCGGGGCGAUUACCGGGCGGUGGCGAGCAAGUACAACAUUAACCGGAAGUACGUCGAGAAGUGGCUGCAGCAGAAGCAAGAGGACGAUCAUCUUCCGGCGGCUGCGGCGGGAUCCGGUGCGCUCGUCGAAAACGUGCGUGCUGCACCGGUGGUCGUGGGAUAG